GAUGGAAUUCGUAUUUUGACGGUUGCUGAUUCAUAUUUGAAAUUCAACAGAGAGCAGAGAGAGUAGGGGGAGACUUUUGAACGAUACAAACCCAACUCACAUCUUCCUCUCUCUCUCUCUCUCUCUCUCUCUCUUUCCAGUCCACACUCGUGAUGGAAGCAGAAAACAGAAAAUAGGAAACAGCCAGAUGAAUCAUCUUCUCUAUUUGCCUCUUGUUUUUUCUGCAAACUUACCGAGUUGAGUUGAGGUGAGGUGCUAGCUUAGUUUUUUCUUUCACAUCCUAUCUUCUUCAACUGCCUUUUUUUUUUUCUAAUCCGAUGUGAACUUCUCAAGAUUAUCGGUGUCUCUGCAACUUUUUUUCUCACUAUAAUGGCGAAAUGAAGCUUGCUCAUCAAUUUUCGUUGACAAUUCAGUCGCUUCUUCAUUUUCUAGUCUUGGUUUCUAGUUGGGUCUUUCCGUUCUUCCGAUUUCCUGGGUAAAUGUAGAGCACCCACUAGUUGGAAAUCAUCGAUUAUGUCCUUUGAUGGGCUCUUUUCAUAUUUUUUAUGUGAAUUUUCUUCUCUGGGUCAUAGAACUAUGUCAAAUUUCAGCCUUGGUUUUUCCUCGUCUCAUUGACUUUUCAAGUGUGGAUCAUCAUUAUAUUCGAUUUGUUGUGGGGAUGUUUUUUUUUUCUUUUCUUCUGCAUUCCAUCAAAGAUGAUGCCUUUUGUAUCUGUCAAGCUCGCGCAUUCAUUAGGUAGAUCCUGUUUUUCUGUAACCCUCGUAUUAUUCCACAUAUUUGGUGGGUUUAGGGACAAAAAGUGGGAUUACUGCUUACAUGGCCGCUAAAUUUUUCUUUAAAAGCAGUUUUGUUGUGUUUUGAAAAACACCAUUUAAUUUUUUAGAUUUCUAGAGGAAUUUUGUUUGGGAAUUCUUCUUGUCCUUGUGGGUUUGUUUAGAUUUUCAUAAGCUUCAUUGAAUUUAGGUCAUGGGGGCUUGGAGAUUCAAACAUCUCAUGGGGUUUAUAUUACUUUUUCUUCCACUAUUUUCUGAAACAUGUACGGCUAGUAUUCGAAGUACUGGACAGAUUUAUCCUGUGUAUCAAGGGUCUCAGAUGAAUUGGAUAGAUAACAAUGGCUUGUUUCUUGUAUCCAACAACUCGAAUUUUGCUUUCGGAUUCAUCAAAACCCAAGAUGUCACAUUGUUUCUACUGGGAGUUGUUCAUCUGCCUACUUCAAAAGUAAUAUGGACUGCAAAUCGAGGUUCCCCCGUUUCGAAUUCAGAUGACUUUGUGUUUGAUCAAACUGGGAAUGGGUUUUUACAGAAGGGUUCAGAUGUGGUUUGGACAUUGAAUACUGGUGGCAAAGGAGUUUCUGCCAUUGAAUUGCAAGAUUCAGGAAAUCUUGCUUUGAUUGGAAAUGACAGUAAUAUUAAUCUGGUGUGGCAGAGUUUUAGCCAUCCGACUGAUACACUUAUAUCGAACCAGGAGUUCGUGGAAGGAAUGAAACUCACAAGCAACAUCGGCUCAAAUAACUUGAGCUAUGUUCUUGAAAUCAAGUCCAAUGAUAUGGUUCUUUCUGCAGGUCACCCAACCCUUCAACCUUAUUGGUCUAUGGGGAAGGAGACUCGGAAAAUUAUCAACAAGAAUGGUGGAGGUGUGACUUCAGCAUCUAUUAAUGCAAACUCGUGGAGGUUGUAUGACCAGAACAAAGUCUUGCUGUGGCAAUUUACAAUCUCUGAAGACACUGAUGCCAAUGCUACCUGGAUUGCAGUUCUAGGAAGUGAUGGGUUUAUCUCUUUCUUAAACCUUGAUAAUGGAGGGUCUGGUGAUCCAUCAUCGAAAACAAUUCCUGAUGAUCCAUGUGAUACACCGCAGCCUUGUGAUUCGUAUUAUGUUUGUUCUGGUAACAACAAGUGCACUUGCCCUUCAAGCCUUAGCUCAUUUUCUAACUGUAAACCUGGGAUUGUCUCUCCCUGUGAUCACUCGAAAGACUCUGCUGAGCUUGUUGAUGCUGGAGAUGGGCUUGGAUAUUUCGCACUUGGGUUUGCACAGCCUUCUUCAAAAACUGAUUUGAAUGGUUGCGUAGACUCUUGCCAUGGAAACUGCUCAUGCCGUGCUUUGUUUUUCCAGAACAAUACUGGGAAUUGUUUCCUGUUUGAUUGGGUUGGAAGCUUCCAAAGCUCUGGUCAGGGUGCUGGCUUUGUUUCGUAUAUCAAGGUCUUGAAUGGAGGCAGUGGCUCAACUGCUGGAGGAGAUGGAGGUAGCAAAAGACACUUCCCAUAUGUUGUGAUUAUUGCUGUUUCAACAGUAAUUAUUAUUGCGGGUCUACUUUUUCUGGCAUUUCAAUAUUAUAAGAAGAAGAAAAGAUUGCCAGAAUCUCCUCACGAGACCUCAGAAGAGGAUAAUUUCCUGGAAAGUUUAUCCGGGAUGCCAGUUCGUUUCAGCUAUAGAGAUCUUCAAACAGCAACAAGUAACUUCACUGUGAAGCUUGGACAAGGAGGGUUUGGUUCAGUUUACCGUGGAUCACUUCCUGAUGGAACUCAACUGGCAGUGAAGAAGCUUGAAGGAAUCGGUCAGGGGAAGAAAGAAUUCCGAGCUGAAGUUAGCAUCAUCGGCAGCAUCCACCAUCACCAUUUGGUCAGGCUCAAGGGUUUCUGUGCUGAAGGAACUCAUCGGCUUCUUGCUUAUGAAUACCUGGCAAAUGGGUCUCUGGAUAAAUGGAUCUUCAGGAGAGACAGAGAAGAUUUCCUGUUGGAUUGGAACACAAGGUACAAUAUAGCAGUGGGAACAGCAAAAGGACUAGCUUAUCUCCAUGAAGACUGCGAUGCAAAGAUUGUUCACUGUGACAUAAAACCCGAAAACGUGCUUCUUGAUGGAAACUUCCUUGCCAAAGUCUCAGAUUUCGGCUUGGCCAAGCUAAUGACACGAGAGCAAAGCCAUGUUUUCACCACCCUGAGAGGAACAAGAGGGUACCUCGCCCCAGAAUGGAUCACAAACUAUGCAAUAUCUGAAAAGAGCGAUGUCUAUAGCUAUGGAAUGGUUUUGUUAGAGAUCAUUGGUGGAAGAAAGAAUUAUGAUCCAAGUGAAUCUUCGGAGAAAUCUCAUUUCCCAUCAUAUGCUUUUAAGAUGCUGGAAGAGGGAAAACUGAGAGAUUUGCUCGAUUCAAAGCUGAGGAUCGAUGAAAAAGAGGACACAGUUUAUACUGCUAUAAAAGUUGCAUUGUGGUGUAUACAGGAAGAUAUGCAUCUCCGUCCAUCAAUGACGAAAGUAGUCCAAAUGCUCGAAGGUCUCUGCAAUGUCCCUGACCCUCCGACAUCUUCUCCACUGGGUGCUCGCCUUUAUUCCAGCUUCUUCAAGUCGAUCAGUGAAGAAGGAACGUCAUCGGGACCAUCGGACUGCAACAGUGAUGCUUAUCUUUCAGCUGUGAGGCUUUCAGGCCCCAGAUAACAGUUGCUUAUAGGAGGUUGUGGGAUCUACUUACACUGUAUUCCUUCAUUGCUAUAUGUACAUGUUUUAUACAUCUCGUUUCUUUGUAUAUUUUGUUAGAUUACUCAAAAUUUUGUAACACUGGACCCAUGAAUGAACUAGAAGCUUUUUUUGAUCAUGAUGAA